AUGGGCCAGUCUCCCAGCACUCAACAACGUCUCUGUGCUUCAACAUGCUCAACCCCGUCAUUAUUUCCACUCCCAUCUGAUGAAGACGAUAUGCCUAUAGAUAUUAUACUCGAUGUGGAGUUGGAGAUUGUAUCUGCUAAAGACAUUAUUGCAGGAGAUUAUUUAGGUGUUACAGCGUUAAUGAACGGCCAAUUGUGCUCAAGUGAUGCCUACACUAUAAUUGAAGUAAAUGGUCAAAAAGUGGCCUGGACUCACCCUGUAUUUUCCACACUCGAACCUGUUUGGAACGAAAAGUUUUUCUUUAAAAAUGUACAACACAAUUCUCUUUGUAGAUUACACUUGUUUGACAAAGACGUGAAUGCCGACGAUGAGUUGGGGGACACUUGUUUCGCGAUAGCAAACACAAAUGGCGUGUGGUCGACAUCCGAGCUGGCCAUCUCACUCAAUCGAAGACAUGCCGGCACCAUUGUCGUCAAGGUCAAGUCAAAUCCAGUACGCCCUGAACGUGGUGAUGUAUUCCAUGAGUACGGUCCUGUGCGCUAUUCUGUACACUCGAGUGUAACGGCUGGACUCAUGACCAUGUCACUGUCAAACGAUGCGAAGGUGGAAUCUUUGGCAUAUCAUGUCCAGCUACACAAUAUCUCGCAGUUUUUGUCCACGGAGCACGAGUGGAACAAGGAUUACCCAACGAUUCAGCGGAUUUUCUCGUCAAACUACCCUGAGUCACUGGUACUACGUCAAGCAAUUAUGACGCAGCAUGCCGUCAUUUACACGCACGGCCCUAACAACACAAGAUACGGCUCAAUUUCUUCACCUGCUGAAUUUUUUGAACUUAUUCACGACGGCAGGCGCCAGGACAAGCCAGUGCUGUUCACUUACGUAAUCACAACGAAUGGAUGGUACUUUUCCGAAACAGGUGCAGCAUUUUUUAAGGACAUGCUAUCAAAGCAUAUGUUGCACUCGGGUGCUGCAUUUUCUGUGUUGUACGCUGGAGAAUUUCGUGUCGAUAAUGUUCUGUUUGGUGAGCCAAAGCUCAUUAUUGACAACGACAGCGGCACGUACGCUCCGCCUGCGGCUAUUUUACCACAGUUAAAGGCGCUCAUUGAAGACAACUUUCCACAGAUUGCAGUUGAGGCGUUGGAUCGCGAAAACGAAUACCUGCAGCAAACACGCAAGGAAAUCCUCAAUUUGUGGACUUAA